AUAAUAUUUAAAAUCUGGGACAAAGAACCGUCAGGACCGAACUGCUUCAAUUGCAAAACCUCCGCUCAGCCUCCCGUGCGCCCCGCCGGCCCAAGUCCAGAAGCAGCCCCUUUAAAAAAGCGGAGUACAGUAUUGGGAUUCUUGAAACCUGAAACCCAGAAACAGAAUCGAAGCGGAAACUAGAAGGAAAACCUUGAACUCCUCCAGACAAUUGCUUCCGGGGAGUUUCAAGAGAGCGAGGGGGAAUAAAGGACCCGAGCGGGGGGCCAUCGCAUGGCUCGUCCCCGAGGGUCCUGGGCGAGUUCGCCGAGCGUGGGAAGCAGAAGACGCCACCCUCUUUCUGGGCUGCGGGUCAUGGCCACCGUGGAGCAGGGAGCCCGCGGGAUUGGCUUCAAGUGUCUCUCUUUGGCCACUUUUGUGCUCAUCUGCGCCGGGCAAGGGGGACGCAGGGAGGAUGGGGGUCCAGCCUGCUACGGGGGAUUUGACCUGUACUUCAUUUUGGACAAAUCAGGAAGUGUGCUGCACCACUGGAAUGAAAUCUAUUACUUUGUGGAGCAGUUGGCUCAUAAAUUCAUCAGCCCACAGCUAAGAAUGUCCUUUAUUGUCUUUUCUACUCGAGGAACAACAUUAAUGAAGCUAACAGAAGACAGGGAACAAAUCCGUCAAGGCCUAGAAGAACUCCAGAAAGUGCUGCCAGGAGGAGAUACUUACAUGCAUGAAGGAUUUGAAAGGGCCAGUGAGCAGAUUUAUUAUGAAAACAGUCAAGGGUACAGGACAGCCAGUGUCAUCAUUGCGUUGACUGAUGGAGAACUCCAUGAAGAUCUCUUUUUCUACUCAGAAAGAGAGGCUAACAGGUCCCGAGAUCUUGGUGCAAUUGUUUACUGUGUGGGAGUGAAAGAUUUCAAUGAAACACAGCUGGCCCGAAUUGCGGACAGUAAGGAUCACGUGUUUCCUGUGAAUGACGGCUUUCAGGCUCUGCAAGGCAUCAUCCACUCAAUUUUAAAGAAGUCCUGCAUUGAAAUUCUAGCAGCUGAACCAUCCACCAUAUGUGCAGGAGAAUCAUUUCAAGUAGUCGUGAGAGGAAACGGCUUUCGACAUGCCCGCAACGUGGACAGGGUCCUCUGCAGCUUCAAGAUCAACGACUCAGUCACACUCAAUGAGAAGCCCUUCAGAGUGGAAGAUACUUAUCUGCUGUGUCCAGCGCCUACCUUAAAAGAAGUUGGCAUGAAAGCCGCACUCCAGGUCAGCAUGAACGAUGGCCUCUCUUUCAUCUCUAGUUCUGUCAUCAUCACGACCACACACUGUUCGGACGGCACCAUCCUGGCAAUCGCCCUGCUGAUCCUGUUCCUGCUCCUGGCCCUGGCUCUCCUCUGGUGGUUCUGGCCCCUCUGCUGCACCGUGAUUAUCAAGGAAGUGCCACCACCCCCUGCUGAAGAGAGUGAGGAAGAAGAUGAUGACGGUCUGCCUAAGAAAAAGUGGCCUACAGUGGACGCCUCUUAUUACGGUGGGCGCGGUGUCGGAGGCAUUAAAAGGAUGGAGGUUCGUUGGGGAGAAAAGGGCUCCACAGAAGAAGGCGCUAAGUUGGAAAAGGCAAAGAAUGCAAGAGUCAAGAUGCCUGAACAGGAGUAUGAAUUCCCUGAACCUCGAAAUCUCAACAACAAUAUGCGCAGGCCCUCUUCCCCCCGGAAGUGGUACUCUCCGAUCAAGGGAAAACUCGAUGCCUUGUGGGUCCUCCUAAGGAAAGGAUAUGAUCGUGUGUCUGUGAUGCGUCCACAGCCAGGAGACACGGGGCGCUGCAUCAACUUCACCAGAGUCAAGAACAACCCGCCAGCCAAGUACCCCCUCAACAAUGCCUACCACAGCACUUCACCGCCACCUGCCCCCAUCUACACCCCUCCAGCCCCCGCUCCCCACUGCCCCCCUCCACCCCCCAACGCCCCUACCCCUCCAGUCCCGUCCCCACCUUCCACCCUUCCCCCUCCUCCUCAGGCUCCACCCCCCAGCAGGGCACCACCGCCCUCCCGACCCCCUCCUAGGCCUUCCGUCUAG